AUGUAUACACCUGCAUUUCGUUUAUUCACAUCGUUUAUUCAUGCUCAAAUUGGUAUGCUCAAAUUGAAAUACUCAAAUUGGAAUAAAAUUCCGCAUCAAGGCUUAAUUAGUGUAAUCGGAUUUAUCGGAUUUUACUAA